AUGGACCCCAACUGCUCCUGCGCCUCUGGUGUCUCCUGUGCCUGCCCUGGCUCCUGCAAGUGCAAAGAGUGCAAAUGCACCUCCUGCAAGAAGAGCUGCUGCUCCUGCUGCCCUGUGGGCUGUGCCAAGUGUGCCCAGGGCUGCAUCUGCAAAGGGGUGUUGGACAAGUGCAGCUGCUGCGCCUGA